GUCUGUCCUCCUCCCCCUCCCGUACCCCGUGGGGGAAAUAAGGAGCAAAAAGGGGGAGGGGGUAGCUUCAAAUACAACAGGGAUCUGUGCCAUCUUGCCACUCCGGGUCGGAGUGCCAGCCGGUGAGGGUGGAAUGCGGCUGUCCAUGUUUGUGGCGCUCUUCAUUGGCUGCGCCUUGAUUCUCUCUCCGGUCAACGAGGGCUGUGGGCCGGGAAGGGGAUACGGCAAGAGACGGCCACCGAGGAAGCUUACACCGCUUUCCUACAAGCAGUUCAGCCCUAACGUGGCCGAGAAAACAUUAGGGGCGAGUGGUAGAUACGAGGGGAAAAUAACCCGGAAUUCGGAACGAUUUAAAGAGCUGACUCCAAAUUACAACCCUGACAUCAUAUUCAAAGAUGAAGAAAACACAGGUGCGGAUAGACUGAUGACACAGCGCUGCAAGGACAAGCUGAACUCUCUGGCUAUCUCAGUGAUGAACAUGUGGCCGGGGGUGAAGCUCCGCGUGACGGAGGGCUGGGACGAGGACGGCCACCACUCCGAGGAGUCCCUGCACUACGAGGGCCGCGCGGUCGACAUCACCACCUCCGACCGCGACCGCAACAAGUACGCAAUGCUCGCCCGCCUGGCCGUGGAGGCCGGCUUUGACUGGGUCUACUACGAGUCCAAGGCCCACGUGCACUGCAGCGUCAAGUCAGAACACUCUGUCGCAGCUAAGACAGGGGGCUGUUUCCCAGGCAGUGCGUGGGUCAGCCUGGAAGGAGGGGGCAGGAAGGCUAUCCGGGACCUUCAGCCGGGCGAGCGAGUACUGGCCUCGUCCGAGAGCAACGGAGGCGGGGAGCUGGUCUACAGCCCGGUCCUCACCUUCAUCGACCGCGACCCCACAACCCGGAAGCACUUCUAUGUAAUCGGGGUGGAGGGAGGGCCAACGCUGUCCCUCACAGCUGCCCACCUGCUAUUUGUGACCGAGGGGAACUGCUCGGGGAGGGCGGCCGAGGGCCAGAUGCGGACGAUAUUCGCCAGCGACGCCCGGCCGGGACAGUGCGUGCUGACGGCAGGCGGAGGGGAGGGGCGGGGCCGCCUGUCGCCCGUGGCCUGGGUGCGUCUGCGGGAGGACGGCGGCACCUUCGCCCCCCUCACCCGCCACGGCACGCUGGUGGUCAACGGCGUCCUGGCCUCCUGCUACGCCGCUGUGGACCAGCACAGCCUGGCCCACUGGGCCUUCGCCCCGCUCCGCCUCCUCUACCGCUGGACCGGGCCCAGCGGUCACCAGGGAGACGGGAUACACUGGUACUCACGGGUCCUCUACUGGGCUGGGACCUGGCUGCUGGAUUCUGAACGUUUUCACCCUUGGGGUGUCACAACAGACUCCCAGAGAUGAGAGAGAGAAGGGGGAGGAGAGCAAGGACAGAGAGAAUGAGAAGCAGGGAAGCAAGAGUGACAGAUUAAUUUGAUAGAACCAGAGAAGAAAGAGAGAGAGACAGAGAGAGAGAGAGAGAGAGAUGAGAGAGAGAGAGAUGAUAGGAGAAUGCAUGGAAAAGAUGGGAGAUAAGAAAAGAAAAGGAAAUAAAGGUAGCAAGAGCUGGUGAUUUGAAAAAAUAAAUUAUGACACAGCAUAGCAGGGAAAGGGAGGGAUGGAAAAGAGCCUGACCUGGCCUGAGGACAAGAUAUAUGACACACAUAGAAUUCCCAGAAGCCUUUUUGCCCCACAGGAAGUGCGGAUGAUGGGGACUCAUCUAGGAGUCAUAGGUCAGGACGUCCCAUGACUCACAUUGCUGACAGAGACCCAAGAAAAACAGGAAUGGAACUGGUUGAAGACACAUAAUGAUGAUGAAGGGUAAUUGUAGUGUUUUAAGGCUUUAAGGCUCUAAGUCUGUCGGAUGAGAUUGUGCUUUUAUUUUCCCUUGUAUUGUUCUCAGUUAAGAACAAACUACUCAAACAUGGGGCCCUUCUUCCCCACAGAACCAGGCUAGACUUUUGUACUCUUGACACUGGAGGAAAUCUGUGUCCACAUGUCCCACACAAACACACUGAUAAACACCCAUAAUCAUUCAUACUUUCAUGGUGCAAGAAAAGGACAUUCACACACAGAUAUCAUUUUACUUACCUGGUGCAGGUAAAGACGUACACAUGCAGGUAUCAUUUUUACUUGGUGUAGGUAAAAACAUUCACAUGCAGGUAUCAUUCUUGCCUGGUGCAGGUAAAGAGAUUCACAUGCAGGUAUAAUUUUUACUUACCUGGUGCAGGUAAAGACAUUCACACACAGGUAUCAUUUUACUUACCUGGUGCAGGUAAAGACAUCAACACACAGGUAUCAUUUUUACUAGGUGCAGGUAAAGACGUACACAUGCAGGUAUCAUUUUACUUGGUGUAGGUAAAAACAUUCACAUGCAGGUAUCAUUCUUGCCUGGUGCAGGUAAAGAGAUUCACAUGCAGGUAUCAUUUUUACUUACCUGGUGCAGGUAAAGACAUUCACACACAGGUAUCAUUUCUACUUACCUGGUGCAGGUAAAGACAUUCACACACAGGUAUCAUUUUUACUUACCUGGUGCAGGGAGAGGCAUUCUUGCUCAGGAAAGCACAAAUAGCCUCUCAGUCUUGUGUUCAGUGGCGUUCAGAUACAGAUGAUGUAUCUGGGUGUUGAGCAGAGACCCGCUGGUGACGUCUUCUGCGCAGCACCCAGGGACGCAGACGGAUGUUGUCAAUAACUCAUAGUGUGUCUGCAUUCUGGAGCACACUCUAAUCAAAUCAAAGUGACAUUCUUCCAAUGAUGUGAAAGCAGGUGAAUCUCCCUUUCACCAUAAACUACAGUGACGGCUCUGACUGGAAGGCCACAGCACCUAUUUUACCCCUCUGUUUCAAUGUUGCCAUCUCAAUGUACUCUGGGGAAAUGUGUAAAUGUUUUGUAUCACUCUAGAUAAAGUAUUUAACUAUUUUAAGGCAAUAUUUACUUUGUAUUAAAAGAGAUGUCUAAAUCUUAAAAUAUUAAUGUUUUGAAAAAACUAUUUAAAGAUUUAUUUUUUGAAAUUAAAAGUAAUGGAAAUGUUCCCUUUGCCUGGUGUGAUAACUCGUGUAUAGUAACUGCCCAUUCUGGCAGCUGUGCUUGACUCCUGAUUUCAGCUGUACAUAUUUCAACUCAACGACACUCAGUUUUGACUGAUGAUUUGGCAUCAUUCCAGCAGUUUUUGUUUUGUACCGUUGUGUUUUCAGUGUGGAAUGGCUCUAUGGGUGUGUUUGACUAAGGUGGUUUGGGUCUUGGGAAACUCUCUUUCACAAUGCAGCAACACCUAUGGGUUAAUUGUUGUUGUGCAAAAUGCAGGUAUUCAACAACCCACACCCCCUUUUCCACAGAGUAGAGCAGCUUGUAUGUACUGUAUGUACUGUAAAUAUGUUCUGUACCCUAUCCCACAUUCACUUACUGCAGAGGACAUGGUCCUAUAGAGUCAAGUAUAAUAUUUCAUAAGAUGUGUGAUUCCUAUUUAGAGAACCAUUAAUACUGAGUCCAUACCCUUGUGUCACCAUAGUCAUUGUAGACUUGUUAUCUCAUUGAAUUUCCAUAUACGCUCUAUUGUUUUUUAACAUUUCAUAAAAUAUUUCAUGUUGAAAUGAAAUGAAAUGAAUUGUAAAUAAAUGGUCAAAUUCAA